CAACCAACACCGAUUCGUGACAAAGAUUUUCCCGUAGCAAAAGUGCAGCGAAUCCGAGCUGUCCGGAUUAAGGUCUCUCCGGGAUAUUCGUUAUGUUUCUAAGCAAAACGAAAGCCACCGAGAAGUGGCUGGACGCGCAGUGCGAUGGCAAGGCCGCGUUGCACACCCUGCCGGCCUGUAUGUCGCUGUGCGACCUGAAGAACGACAACUACUACCAGCUGGUGAUUGUCGACGUGCCGCUGUUUGACUUUGAUGCCAAGCCCAAGCUGAAGGUGUACAAGGGGACGAACUUGACCAGCGAGCAGAAUCUGCCGGGGAUUCCGGCGGCCGUGGAGAGUUUUUACAUUAGCGAGCAGGAACCGAGGAUUCCAAUCAUUGCUGUGGCCAUAGCUUCAUCGGUUCUGUUCUACCGGAAUAUGAAGCCGUACUACAAGUUUACAAUCCCUGGUUUGGACAUUGAACCGCUUGAACGGGACGUCUGGAAGAAGUUACCGAUUGAGAAGCCGGAAAACGUUGAUGCUCUUAUCGAUACCCUUAGAACGUUGGAUCUAUCCAGGAUGACCGAGCUAUCGCAGGAACUGUGUGCACUCCCCGAGGACAGUCGAGCCGCGUUCAUCAAAACAAACGCUGAUGCAACCCUGGAACGUUUGUCGGUCAUCACGGCUAUGGCCUCGAUCAAGAAGACCUCAAACGAGACCAAGUCGGCGUCCUGUCUCAUUCUGGCUACAGAGUCCGGAGAGCUGCUCAUCCUGGACACGCAGGCCUUUGUAGUACUUCACCAGGCCCGUGUAUGCUCGUUUCAGGGUACUCCGAGUAUCAUCUCGGCCAGUGGCCAGUACGACAUCGACUUCAGGUUGGUGAUCUCGACGCGGGAAGGUUCGCUGUGCCUCUUGCGCAAAGGUUGGCUCGUCGGGCAGCACAUCGUGAAGCUGGAAAAUCCGGCCGCCGGGCUGGCACUGCUGCCGAUCGAUCAGACAAUUGUCGUGGUGUGCAUGGACAAUUAUCUGCUUUGCUACUCGAAAAAGGGCAAGAAGCUGUGGUCGGUAACGUUGCCCCAGCCGGCGGUUUGCAUGACGCCGGUGUGUCUGCCCCACCUGGGCAUCAAUCUGGUCUGUGUGGCGCUCCGCGGAGGUCUGGUCCAGUUCUACUGUCAGAAGAAGCUGGUCGAUCAGUUCUACGCUCCGGAGACCGUGUCCGCCCUCACGUUUGGCCGCCUCGGCCAGGAGGAGCACGUACUGAUCCUGGUCACUUCCGACGGUUCGCUGAUCGUUAAGAUCCUCAAACGGACGGCCGAGUUCCCGACGACGGAGAACAUCUACGACGUCAAGACGGCCUGCGAGGAGGCGUCCGGCAAUCUGCAGAUCCCUAAAAAGACCAAGAUCUUCGUCGAGCAAACCUUGCGCGAGAAGGAACACGCCGCCACGAUCCACAACUCGUUCCAGUCGGAACUGUGGCGGAUGCGCCUCACGGCGGCCCGUGCCACCGUGGACGUCAUCAGCUCCGCCGACAGCAACAUGUCCGGGGACGUCGGCCUGGCCGCGAUCAAAAUGACCGCCGAGGUGCUUGGCCUUGGACCGGUGUUCAAGCUGUUCCUCGUCCUGGAGAACAUCUCCGCCCGGAAAGAGGCCACCAAUUUGAACAUCCUGAUCCAGGCCGAUCAUCGACACUACCAGGUCGAUCGACCCUACCUAGAACUGCCCAUGUUGGUGCCGGGAGCUCCACUAAAGCUGGACUUUAAGAUCACCGUCGUUACGGACCCCGGCGACGGGCUACCUCCGGUUGAUCUCACCCCGGAGAACUCGUUCAUCCGAGUGCUGAUCUUCAAAAGUGGCCAUAGCAAACCGCUAAUUGCGUCGACCGUGGUGAUGCCGCAGCCCGAGCCGCAGCAGCUGGGAUCGUUUUAAGUAGGAAAAUUUUGCUGAAUAAAGUUGGAUCAUAGCCUUAUUAACCCAGUAACUUAA